CAACGCCAGCAGCAGCAGCAUUGUCAGCAGCAGCGUCAGCAGCAGCCGCAGCAACAACAGCAGCAGCAGCCGCAGCAGCAGCUUUGGACAACGGUGGUAAGAGGCCGCCCGUCCCAGCGGCAUCGUCAACCGCAGCAGCAGCAGCAGCAGCAACAGCAGCAAGGUGAACGCUUUGUUCCACCACAGCUCCGGCAGCAGCGACAGCAGCAGCAGCGCCCGCAGCAGCAGCAGCAGCAGCAGCCGCACCAGCAACAGCAACAGCGUCCGCAGCAACAGCGUCAACAGCAGCAGCGACCUCAGCAGCAGCGAUCACAGCAGGGAAGCCGGCCAAGCCCGAGCUCAUUGAGGUUUCGCCCAACGAAGACCAAGACUGGGAGAGCCUUCUGCUGCUUGUGCAAACGGCAGUCAGGACUGACGAGCGGUACAAGCCGCUCAAGGACCACGUCGUCCUGGGUCGCCUUACCAGCAAGGCGUUGUUGCGUCUUACACUGAGUCGCAAGGCGAACGCACAGUAUAUGCUGCAGCAGGUUCGUGCCAUCGUGGGCAGUGCUGGAGUGUGCCGGCACGUCACGGAAAUGGCGUCAGUCAUCGUGCAUGACGUUGACCCGGUAGCGCGAGAAGAGGACCUAACUUCGCUGCUUGACAGCAAGUUCGAGUCGGGAGCGGGCAUCGUCUCAAUCACUUUGACCAAGAUGACCGACGG